AUGGCUGGCAGCGACGGAGAGGCAUACGAUGAAGCGGAAUUCAAGCAAAUCCACGAUGCUGCUGUUUCAAACUUCACCUCAGACCCGUACAGACCGCUGGAUUUUCGGAGUGAAGAUGGCGAACGAAUACUCACGUUCCGCGCGGUGCUCGUUGGACUACUUUGUGGCGCUCUCAUUAAUGCGUCCAAUAUCUACCUGGGGCUCAAGACCGGCUGGGCAAUGUCUGCCAAUCUGUUUGCGGUAUGCCCUUCAAACCAAUCUUCGGGACAGUAAUAACUUAUAAAAAUGAUCGAUCUAGUCCUUGAUUGGAUUUGCACUGCUGAAGUCCCCGAGGAACGGUUUACAGUGCUUGCCUUUCAUGAGAGGCAGUUUCGGUCCCCGCGAGAACAACAUUGUGCAGACGGUAGCGACAUCCGCCGGUGGCAUGGCAGCCGUCUUCAACUCGGCGAUACCAGCCAUGUAUCAACUGAACCUGCUCAGUACUCCCGCUUCAGAUUUCCACAGAUUGGCAGCUCUGGUCGCUAUCGGGGGCUACCUGGGUCUUUUCAUCGGAGCGCCGCUUCGAAGAUUCUUCAUUGUCCAUGCGGCUAGAGAUCUGUCACUCAUAUUUCCAACGCCCUCUGCAACAGCGAUUGCUAUCCGAGACAUGCAUGAGGCUGCCGAUGACGACUCGUCAAUCACCCAGCGCAAGAUGCGAGUCUUGACGCAAUCUCUCUCUUUUGCACUUGUACUACGGGUCGUUUCGCAGUUUGCAAUUGGCCUCUUUUGGGUAUGUGUGAACCUUGAAACUCUGUCUCUGGGCUACAUUGACCGUGGCGUCAGGACUGGCAUCCGUUCGUCUGGUACAUGCUUUGGAAUCCGGCCAGCACUACUGCGCGGGGCUUGGAAUCCUGGGGCUGGUAUUUUGAAUGGACUCCCGCCUUUAUUGGCACGGGCAUGCUGGUGGGUCUUCCUACGGCAUGUUCCUUUUUCGCUGGAUCGCUGCUGGCCUGGUGGGUGCAUUGAGACCCUUGAAACUUCCCAAUUGCUGAGUGUCCUCAUCAAGGGGCGUAAUAGGGCCAUUCCUCGUAUCCAAGAGCCUAGCCUUUGGAGAACUCUUGCCUGGGUCUAACUUGGUUUCGUACUACUCUAUGUCUGCAGACUUCACGACCGCAGACCAUGCAAGUCCCAGAUAUUGGCUGAUCUGGCCGGCCGUUGCCUGUAUGCUAGCAGUGUCUUUGACAGGUUGGUACUUUCACGUGUAUAGGGCAGGGUAAUUCGCUUACCAAUUACGCAGAAAUUGUCUGUCAGUGGCGCCUGAUCUGGAUUCUUUCGAAAUCAAUCUGGUCCUGGUUCAAGCAGUGGAGUACUCCAAGCGGCUCGAAGAGAAAGGAAGGCUCUGCGAUCUCGGAUGAUCAAGUAGGCCUACACAUCUGGCUCCCAGGCCUGAUCGCAAUAGUGACGACGGCAUGCUUGCUCAUGAACUCCAUGUUCGGCAUGCCAGUUCGUGAGACUAUGCUUGCGGUGUCGAUGUCGUUCCUGUUUACAAUCCUCACCGUCCACGCUACCGGUACAACAGACAUCACACCCUUGACCGGAGCAUCUGCAGCGACCCAAGUUGCUCUAGCAUCAGAAACAUCAAACCGAGGCUGGGCACCUCCAAAAGUCCAGCUGCUCUCCCUUCUCGGUGGUACUUUGACUGCUCUCGGGGCUAGUCAAGCAUCUGGUACGUUUCAAUUUCAACACUCUCUUACACAUUCAGCUGAUUAUUCCCCAGACCUCACCGCCGAUUUUCGAGUCGGCUUCCUGCUGCGAACGCCAGCCCAAACCCAAUGGCUAGCCCAAGCAAUCGGCACGGCAUUCUCAUGCAUUGUCGCACCAGGCAUCUACAUCCUUUUCAACUCCGCAUACAGUUGCAUUGGUGAUGGGAAUGCGUUACAGUGUCCAUUCCCGGCACCGGCAGCAUCUGCCUGGCGGGCUAUCGCCACAACGGCACUGAGUCCAUCCGACAGCAUUCCCCGCUCUAGCAUGUAUUUCUCAGCUUUCAUGGCCAGCCUGGGAGUGAUUGACGUUCUCCUGAAGCGUUUCCUCUGGACUGGGCGUUGGUCGUGGAUACGUGAUUUCCAGCCAAAUCUGA